GAACUCGUCUGAGCCUACAGGUUUGGCGUCGGGCUCUACCAAUGGACCUGGAUGGGAGAAUCUUCCCAUGUCUCAAAUCAUUCGAGCAACUUCUGACGGCACUAAAGAUGUCGACUCCGACGGUCCGAGUCGUCUCCAAGUCCGUGCUACUAGUAGUACCAGCUCCCCCGGCCUCCCGUCCGCGCCUUCUACAGUGGUAUCAGGACCUCAGAGGUUAGGCACGGAAAAAUGGCAGAGUUGGCGAGCUGCGUAUGAGGCUCGUGCUUGGAGGCAGAUGUACGAUAGAGUACGAACGUAUCAUUGGUUCUGGCUGUGUGUGGGAUACGUGGCGGUGUGCUUGGCCAUCAUUCUGCCUCUCACUCAUAGCUUGGAAGCGCAGAGCCUCGUGCGGUUGGACCUUCCAGUGGAGGAUGUUAACGCAACUAUCGGUGUUUCGGCUGAGCCCGCAUUCCAUCUCAUUUAUUGUCACUGUGAUGACUGACUUCGGUGCCGCUGAAAGCUAUAUGAACAUCACCGAUGUGUGUGGAAACUUCUCAGAAAGUCCGACCCCAUUGCGGACGGUCAUGGCAGUAACGCCCGCGCGGGCGCCGCUCUACCCCUUCGACUCGUAUUCUACGUCGUUUAGUCUGUGGGCAGUGAACGAUGACGGUAGCCCCGCAGGCUUUGGCAUCGACUACAUAAAUGGGUUUACACCAGGCUUUACUACACGUUUGGAUGUGUAUUACUCACAGCCCAACGAUAUCUACUACGCAGCGGUCGUAAUUACACGAAGCACCGCCGUCCGCGCGUAUGUUGUGGCAGUAGUCGUCGCGAUCUGGCUCGUAAGCCUUACGUUCCUUACCAUCUGCAUCUCCGUGAUAUUCCUCGGGCGGACGGUGAGAGCGGAAGUUCUGGUCGCCCCGAUCGCAUCCGUCUUUGCCUUCACGGGCUUACGGGGCAGUCUGCCGGGUGCACCAACGGAUUUCAGCGCUGCAAUCGACAUUAUGGGUACAUUGCCUUGCCUAGCGCUUUUGGCAUUCUCCGCGGUGCUCUUGACAGGAGUUUUCCUGUUUCGUGACCCCGAAAAAAGCAGACAUGGUCUACAACCAAGAGACAUGGAAAGUGGUCUUACGGAUCCGCAAGGUCGUGAACAGGAACUGCUGAAGCAAUUACUGCAGGGAGUGAUUGCGGAGCAGGCGGUCCUCAAGCAGCUAUUAGAUGCGGUUCUCGCGGCACAGCCGGCUCGCUUUGUCGGGGAAUGA